GCUGCGUGGGCGUGAUCACUCUGCUCCAACAUCAACUCCGACAGCUCCAGAUGGACCUCAGCUCCACCAAAUCCGAGCUCUCCAAGUACCAGAACCUCGGCCUCAUCGCUCACACUAGUCCUUGUAUGAAUAUAUAUAUAUAUACACGUCUUCUUUUUCUUCUUCUAAUUUCUUUAUUCUUUUUCUUCUUCCUCUUUUUCUUCUGUCUAUUCUUUUUUUUUUUUCUUCCUUCAAAUCUUGUUUUAUUCUUCUGGUUAUCUUCAUUUACUUAACAAGUUUUUUGUUAUUGGAAAUCCCUAAAACUAUGUGUUCUUUGCCUUUAUUCAUUCUAUUAUUAAUUGAGGAUUUGCUUAUGUUGAAGGGAUUUGCUUUGGAAUUGCUCACUGUGCUUCUAGAAAACCCAACUGAUGACAGUGUUGAAGUUGCUGUUGGGUUUGUGACAGAAUGUGAUUCUAUUCUCCAGGAUCUCUCACCCAAAGGAUUGCACGAUGAGCAGCUAAAUGAUUGCAAUGUCAUAGAGGCUUCCUUUGUGAGUAACAGUACAAGAAGAUUGCAUGUGGAAAAGUGUGGCCUCCGCCUUUUAUUUCAGCAUGAUGAAGAUGAGUUUAGCUAUCUCACUUGUUUUCAACCCUUAAUUUCAUUUUGCUGCAAAAUAAGAUUCAGUGGUCAACCCACGUUUAGUUACAAAAUCAAACAUGUUUGAAUUGUUUUUUUUUUUUGUGGGAGGCGGCACUAUGAACUUGUGGAUAUUGAUUGAGCCAAGAAAAGGAAUCCUUACUAAAGAAUGUUGUGUGAUCUCGUACGCAGUACAACGCAUGGAGCCAUAGUUGUAUUAAUUUUAUUUUAUGCAUUUAUAUUAUUAUUUUUGACUUUUUUUUAAUUUAAAGUUGACCAAUCAAACAUAUGACCUCAUUGAUAGU